AACGUUUCCGCCCCUUUCUCGCGGGGCUGCCGGAAAGAAAAAAAAAUCAACGUUAAAUAUUAAUUGUGUCUGCAAUAUAUAUAUUUAUAAAUUAUAUUCAUACUGUAGAAUUUGCAUAGAUGAUACUUUUAUACAACGACGUUCCGUGGCUGGCCAAGCCGGCAAGUGAGCGACGAUGCACGGUCAGAGAUGAAGAGGAGCACAGAAGAAGUGGCUGGAAGUCUUGAGCGUGGCAGCAAAAAAAAAAAAAAAACAGGAACUGAAAAGUGCGAACGAAACAUCGAUGAUGCGGUUUGACGCCGCUUACCGCCACGCUACGAUGGGAUAUUCAUUAAUUUAGCAAGGAAACAAACGAGAGUCUUUGGUUGGACAGUUAGCCAUGCUGCUAGCCCGUUAGCCGUGACUUUUUGGGCCGAAACGUUGCUUAUGUGGCGUAUAUUAUUUGUAGAACUAUUUUGGUGUGAUAUGUCGACGGUAGAUGAUGACAAAUUAAGAUGAGUAGAGGUUAUCGCUUAUUACCGCUUGUAUGAGUGUUAUAAACGGCGACUGUGGCACGGAUGGGUGUCAGUGUUGAUCGUCUUAAAUCCUAAUUGGUUUUUUUUUGCUGGGCCAAAUUAAGUUGCAAAGGAUACGUGGAAGCUUGGCCCAAUGGAGCGAGUGUUGGAGCUCACUGGCUCCAUUGUAUCUCACGUCAUUUAGAUUACGUGGUGUGACUACGAUUUUUUCUCCGCUGAACGACGAAGAAAAAAAAAUGCGAAUUUCGUCCUUCUUGGCCGUGUUCCGGCCCGCUUUACCCCUGAUCCUCGGGGUGUCUCUGGGGUGCACCCUGAGCCUGCUGAUGGUGUCGUGGACGCAGGGGGACGCGGAGGACGGCUGCAGGAAAGAGUUGGCCAACGGUGGGAAGCUUUACCUGGGUAGGGGCAACGCUCAGAGGGAUGCAAGGGACGAUGCAAGAGCAGGAGAAGGCGGCGAGGACGAUUUCCAGCCGCGCAUUGUCCCCUAUCACAAGGACCCCAACCAGCAGCACAAGAAAGUCCUGAGAACUCGUUACAUCCACACGGAGCUGGGCAUCCGCGAGCGCCUCCUGGUGGCCGUGCUGACAUCACGCGCCACCCUCAACACGCUGGCAGUGGCAGUGAACCGCACAGUGGCGCACCACUUUCCGCGCACCUUCUUCUUCACGGGCCUGCGCAGCGCCAAGGCGCCGCACGGCAUGGCGGUGGUGGCGCACGGUGACGACCGGCCCGUCUGGCUCAUGUACGAGACGGUGCGCCACUUGCACCGGCAGCACGGCGCCGACUACGACUGGUUCCUGCUGGCCCAGGACGACACCUACAUGCAGGCGGAACGGCUGAUGGGGCUGGUGGGCCACCUGAGCGCCGGCCAGGACCUGUACAUAGGCCGCGCCGAGGAGUUCAUCGGCGGCGAGGAGAAGGCACGCUACUGCCACGGCGGCUACGGCUACCUGCUGUCACGCAGCCUGCUGGCGCGCCUGCAACCGCACUUGGACGCCUGCCGCAACGAUAUCCUCAGCGUCAGGCCCGACGAGUGGCUGGGCCGCUGCAUCAUUGACUACCUGGGACUCAGCUGCUCGGAGGUCCACCAGGAGAUGACCUACCGCUACUUCGAGCUGGGCAAGAACGCAGACCCGGAGCGCGAGGACAGCCCUGGGUUCAAGCUCGCCUUCACCGUGCAUCCCGUGUCGGAGCCCAACCUCAUGUACCGACUGCACAAGCGCUUCAGCCAAAUCGAGCUGGACGGGACCUACGCGCAGAUCCAGGAGCUGCAGACGCAGAUCAGCAACCUGAGCGAGUUGACGCCAGAGGGCGCGGCGGGCACCACCUGGCCGGUGGGCAUCAACGCGCCAUUCAAGCCCCGCACGCGCUUCGAGGUGCUCAACUGGGACUACUUCAGUGAGGAGCACAUCCACGCCUGCGCCGACGGCGCGCCCAAGUGCGAGCUGCGUGGCGCCGACCGCGCCGACGUGGCUGGGGUGCUAGAGGCGGCGCUGGAGCAGCUCAACGCCCGCUACCAGCCGCGGCUGCGCUUCCUCAAGCGCCGCCUUCUCAACGGCUACCGCCGCUUCGACCCCACCCGCGGCAUGGAGUAUGUGCUGGACCUGGCGCUGGAGGCGUACACUCAGAAGGGCCGCAGCCGGGUCAUUGCCAAGCGGGUGCAGCUGCUGCGCCCACUCAGCGCUGUGGAGAUCAUCCCCAUGCCCUACGUGACAGAGGCCACGCGGGUGCAGCUGAUCCUGCCCGUCACGGCGCAGGAGAGUCGGCAGGUGGCCGCCUUCCUGGACACCUACGCCGCCAACGCGCUGGACACCCGUGACAAUGCGCUCCUCACCGUGCUCUUUGUCUACGACCCCUUCGAGGCGCAGCGCGUCAGCCGCGAGGACGUCUUCGCUGGCGCCAAGGCGGCCGUGGGCCAGACCGAGAAGCGCUACCGCGACGUCAAGAUCCCGUGGAUCAGCGUCAAGACCGAGGUGCCGUCGCAGGUCAAGCUGAUGGACGUCAUCUCCAAGAAGCACCCGGUGGACACGCUCUUCUUCCUGGCCAGCGUGUGGACAGAGGUCAACGGCGACUUCCUCAACCGCUGCCGCAUGAACGCCAUCAGCAGCUGGCAGGUCUUCUUCCCCGUGCACUUCCAGGAGUUCAGCCCGGCCGUGGUGCCGCGGCCCUCCGUCGCCUCCACCGACCCACUCCGGGAUGGCCGCUUCGACCGACGCGUCUUCGACGAGGCUUGCUUCUACAACUCCGACUACAUGAGCACGCGGGCCAAGAUGGCGGCCGAGGCGCUGGACAACGAGGAGCUGCUGGAGAGCAUGGACGUGUACGACGUCUUUGUGCGCUACUCGGGCCUGCACGUCUUCCGGGCCGUGGAACCGGCGCUGGUGCAGAAGUACGCGGCGCGCCAGUGCAACCCACGCUUGAGCGAGGACAUCUACCACAGGUGCGUGCUCAGCAACCUGGAGGGACUGGGCUCCCGCUCACACCUCGCCGCUGCGCUCUUCCAGCACGAGCAGGCCAACAGCACCUAGACUGUCACCUUUACGCUCCAUUGCCAUGG